AAAAUUUUCAACGAAUUAUCUAAAACCCAUCUCUCUCUCAAAGCCCCCUUCCAUACCAUGUCACCAAUUCCUGGGAUCCCUUUGCAUACAGCGUUGAAAAUCCCACUUGAAAUUGGAGGCACAACCCUGUUCAAUAUGAUUGUUGUGAAAACCUCGGAGUCCUCCUCCUCCUCCUACAGGUUACAGUAUACUCAGUUUCCCUGAUCCAGUUUCAGCUGUACACUCAUUGCUCUGUGGGUGAGGAGCUCGAGAAUAGUGAUGGAAUGCAACAGGAACGCUCAGUACUAGUCAAGUUUACCUUUUCCCGGCUGUCAACAAGUUAGCUGAGGGGACUGACUACCUAGUUAGUGCACUAGUGCUUCCACUCCAUGACUCUCGUGGGAUACAUUUUCCAGCCCUUCACCGAUCGCCCUUCUUUUUAGUAUAAUAUUAUAUAUAGAGAGAGAGAGGGAGAGAGAUUCCUGUAGCCAAACUUGGAAUACCCACUUUUGUCUGCAGUUUUAGGAGACCAACCAGUCCAAGUCUAAGGUCCGACUAUGAGGGUACUCCUCGACCAUAGUGCACAGAACUAACUGGAAAGCGACGGAGAUUAAUGGAAGGGAAGGAGUCUGAGAAGAAGAAAAUGGUGGUUAGCAAGCCGACUCCUUGUCGACCAUCUAUAGCGUCGGCGUUUAUGAGAGAACAGGAUCCGGAGUCGGAUUGCCGCUCCUUCUCGCAGCUGCUGGCGGGUGCCAUGGCCGCUUCCUCUUCACCCCCACCGGUGGGAAACGGUGUUACCGUCCGCCCUAAGACCGUCCGUUUGAAGUCUAUUCCACCGCACCAGAUCACUAGUAGUCAGGGUGAGGUUAAAGAGGAUAAUUGUGGUCUAGCUGGGGACGGUAAAGAGAAGCAGGAGGAGGGUGAGAGUGCGGCAACUGUUGUGUUUAGGCCGCUGGCCAAGAUUGGGACCAGAAAUCCCCUCUCAUCCCUUGCAAAUCUCGGACCAUUUGGAAUUUCUCAUCAGCAAGCACUGGCUCAGGUUCAGGCUCAAGCUCAAGGCCACUCUCCAGUGCAAUCUCAGCCUGCUUCCUCCCUAGCACCAGCUAUAGUAACAUAUUCCAUGCCUCAGGUUUUACCACCUACAGUGGCUUCACCGAUGCCUGUCUCCAGUUACCCUGGAUUUAACACACACUCACCAAAAAAGAAGAUGCCACUCAAGUCAGAAAUGAAGCCAACAAUGGGGUCGCCAAAAUCUGUUCCCCAGAGUUCAGAGCAUAUGCAGCAAUCUUUACCACCAAUUCCUGUGGGAGAUAGACCCUCAUUUGAUGGUUAUAAUUGGCGUAAAUAUGGUCAGAAGCAGGUAAAGGGCAGUGAAUACCCUCGCAGCUAUUAUAAAUGCACACAUCCCAAUUGUCCUGUGAAGAAAAAGGUCGAACGGUCACAUGAUGGGCAGGUAACUGAAAUAGUGUAUAAAGGUGAACACAAUCAUUCUAAACCUCAACCUACCAGACGGGCCCCUCUAGGUACAAAUCUUCAUGAGCGAGAGAUGGACUUUCCUGGUGCUGUAUCUGGUGACAAAAGUGAAUAUCUUGAGGUAGAUGUGGAUCAAUCCAGUCCAAGAGUUUAUGCAGAUGUAGGUGGAAGGACUGAAAGGUUAACAACUAAUUCAGAUCCCUCAACGUCUGUAAGAGGGCCUGGCAAUGGAAAUGGAAGUCCUGAACAGUCCUUUUGUUUAAGCGAUGAUGGUGAGGAUGGAAGUAGAGCAGAAGAUGAGGAUGAUGAUGAGCCAGAUUCUAAGCGCAGGAAGAAAGACAAAAAAAUAAAGGAUUUGCUAGCUCCGCAGAGAACAAGUCGUGAGCCCCGUGUUAUUGUGCAGACCACUGAGGCAGAUAUUCUGGAGGAUGGUUUUCGAUGGCGUAAAUAUGGACAGAAAGUGGUGAAGGGAAAUCCUUACCCUAGGAGUUACUACAAGUGUACAAGCGUGAAAUGCAUGGUGCGUAAACAUGUUGAAAGGGCAUCCGACGAUCCCAAAGCUGUCAUCACAACAUAUGAGGGAAAGCACAACCAUGAUGCACCACUAGCAAGAAAUAGCAGUCAAGAUGGUGCAGGCAGUAAUACCCGCCUUCUGACUGGAAAAGGCAUUGAUCCAUUACCAGACAAACAGAUUCAAUACAGAAUUCCUUCUUAUGCAAGGGUUUCAGAGAGAACAGCUGAAGGAGAGGAGAGGUUACAUGUUGGAGAAGUUGGAGGUGUGCCAAUGACAGGAAAUAACAUGCAGAGUCAUGGUGGAGAUAUGGAAAGGGCUUUUGCUAGUGAUGAUAAUUUUGCUGUUUCAGGAACAAUGCAAGGGAUUGGGACUGAAGCAAAUAGAAGAAUUUGAGAUGACUUAUAGAUGAGCUUGUUUGUGCUGAAAUUGUAUCGCUGAGAUUAUGAUGGUUUUAUGAUGGGUAAUUGAAUUAUCAACUUGCAAGGUUGUAGAUAUGGCAGUGUCAUGUUUCUGCUGGACGUACAGCUGUGCAAUCAUCUAAAGGUACCUGUAAAGUGCAGGGAUAUUAUCUCUGACUAAUUGAAAGAGCAAAGCUGACUCCUCUACCAAUUGGGGCAAUAGGAAAUUAGUACAGGAUUAAAAUCAUGAGCCGGAUCCCUAGGCAGCAGCAGAGCUGUAAGAUGCAACUGAUAAGAGAGAAUGGGGAAAUCUAUUUAUCUGUUGUAUGGGUUGAUAGGGAAUGUUUCAUCUGUAAAUUCUUUUGGUUGCUUAUGCAAUUCAAAAGGACUGUUUGCGAUUUGUAGGUUAUUGGUUGGCUAUAAUUGCUGAUUUCUUUUUUAAUAUAUUUUAUAUCAGUCUGGUUAUUGAUUUGUGAAAUGACCACCUUGAGGCAUGGAUCCAUCUGCUGUGAUCGUUGAUUGUUUAAAGCAAUAACAAAGAGAUUUAUUUUGAUAUC